UAUUUAGUAGGAGUGGCAGGUAUAACCUCUCAGCGUAGAAAUAACCAUUUAACAUGUCAAACAGAAUGAAUAUGGAUUUAUAUAAAGAGCUACAAGAAAAGAUAGACGGCGACAAAAUGUACUGGAUUCGUAAUGAUGCAAAGAUUAGAGCUGUAACAACCUCAAAAACAUACGAGGAAUUCAAAGAUUAUGUGGCAGCAGCUCACUUGAAAUCCUUGUCUAGACAGGAGAUAAUGGAUAAAAAACUACUUGCUUGGAAUAAAGCAUGCAAAUGAAAAUGUUUUGAAUCUUCUUUAUUAUGGACCAUAAAAUAUGAGAAAAUACAAUAAAACCUUUCACCCAUUAAAA